UCGAGUGCAAAACGUCGUCGCUAAUACAAAAAACGCAGAGUGGUCGAGUACUUCAUUUGGCGAAAUGUUAAAAAUCAAUAUGAGCGCAACGUUUUCGUAGAAAAGCCAUCAAAUCGUGCAAUUGAACGCCAAAAUAAAAAUAUAAAAUGAUUAUAAAAUUAUAAACGAACGCAAGCGUGACUAAUGCAUUUAUGGUGGCAACGGUUAAGCAAAAUAGCGAAGCACCAGUCCGUGUUGGUGCCACCAAAGUCAGCUGAAAACGUAAGCCGCAGCAGCAGCAGCAGAAAAGCAGCAACAACGGCGGCAGCGGAGGUGGCAAGAAAAGUGCAAAAAUCUAGCUAAAAUCUAACUUUGUGAAAAAUAAAACGGUAACGCGUUACCUUCACGGAUAACGGUAUUUUCCACAUUUCUAUACUAUACAGACGAGCGUAUAUCACUUCGCGUGCAUUGACGGUACUACGCGACGGUGACGAUAGUGCGUGAGUGUGAAAGUCAAACGAGCGAAAAGGAAGAAAAAUAACCGAAUAAUAAUGUAUGCCACAGCGCGAAAGUGGCACGAAAAAGUUUUUCGCUGCAGCAAUUAAUAAGGGUAAAGAAAAUAUACAAAUUAAUACGCUACUUCGAUUUUCACUUUCGUUUGUUUAGCAGUAAACAGCAAGCGAGCCUUCGAUUUUUGUACUACUUACGAGCUGAGCCAUAAGCGCUUCGGCCGCCGAGCGGCGCAACCCCUCGGCGCUUUCAGCAAUAAAAAAAAAAAAACCCAAAAAAUAAUAGCAAUAACAAUAAUAAAACAAAAACAACAAAACGCACAAGUCAAAGGCCGUCCUUCUAGCUGCGCCAAAAUUUCCGCUAAACAACGCGUAGCCCAACCGCUCAGCGCGCUGCCCUCCUGAUUUCCACUGCCGCUGGACGACGCGCUGUUAUUGUCGCGUUAUGCCGUGCAGUUAAUAGUCGACACACACCCGCUACCCACUAAACCGUGCGCGUGCACUCGCUCUUUACAACGCCUCUCUCACCCUGACUCGUGGACUAUUCAUGCAACUACUGCUUUUACCGUUGAACGACAAGUCAUUGUAAUUAUAGUAAUUUUAUUUAUUCACUUAACGCGCAACGUGUUGUGGUUAUAAAAGUUAAUAUUUUUUAGUGUAUGUGCAUGUGUAUGCGCGCGCGCGUGUCUACGUGUGUGUCUGUUUGCGCUUACGAUUCAUACACACGCCGCGCUCACUGCGCGGUACGCGCCGCGUUACGGUUUUGGUGUUGUGUCGGCUUAUUUUGCCUUGUCGCUGGCGGUGUUAAUGUUAAAAACCAAUAAGCGGAAGCUAUGGCCUCUUCGUUGUUGGCCCUCAGUGAUUUAAUACGAUUCCAAUUGGAGCGCAUCAAACUAGAUGAAUUCACCUACAAGGAUGAGUUGCAUCUGCUGCGCCAGCUGUUGGCGCUCGACAUGCCACAACCGAUGCACGCGCUACAUUCGAACGGCAGUAGUCAAGAGCAUAACCAGCCACCGCAAGCGGGCGCGGUGCCGCCACCCGCGUGCACACCGACCACACAAGCGCAAGUGCAAACGCAGUUGCCGGCGCACACGCAGACGCAGACACCUUUGCGCCUGCAAGCGCCACAGCAUCACCAACAUCAACAACAACAGCAGCCACCAGCGCCGCCACCACAACAACAGUACAUACAUGCAUUGGGACCAUUGCCGCCGCCACCAUCAUCGUCGUCGCCCGCGUCACAAUACAAGCCAAAGUCAUUGCCGCAAAAUCACUAUCCACCACCGCCAACACAAAGUCAGAGUCAAUGUCAGCUCAGCAGCGCGGCGUACGGUCAGUCGUGUAAUAAUAGUAGCCAGCAGCAUCAAAACGCGAAUCAUCACAACAGUCACGGUCACAGUCAGAGCCAACAGAAUCUCUAUCCACCCAGCUAUAGUCCGGUGCAACAAAAUCAACUCAACUACACGCAGAGUCAGAAGCAGCGGCAAAAACAGCGCCGCUUUCAGCAGCAAAACUCUAAGCGCUCACAACAACACUUACAACAACAGCAGCAGCAGCAACAACAGGCACAGAAUCGCAGCAAAUUGCAUGUUGGCGCACCGUCAGAUAGCGAUGGCGCAGCCACGGCGGAUGAGUCCAACAAUGCCGCCACUGGCGCCAACAAUCAUCAUCAGCAGCAGCAAACGCCGUCACCAGGUGGUGCUGGCGUCUAUGUUGGCGCCGCCUGCAAUGGCGGUAUUGGCGCGCUUGGCAGUAGCGGUGAGCUGGCGGAUGAGGAGCUGGUGGGCGCGGUUGGUGGCGGCGCCAACGCGGCAAAUGGUGGCAUUGGCGGCAGUGAGGAUGGCUCCAGUGCCAGCAGCAAUGCUGACCUACACAAGGAUUUCAAAGUCCAAGUACUCGAGUGGUUUCAACAGUUGUACGUCCAAACGGAAUCGUUCAGAUCGGACGAGGAGUCACAACGUGUCCGUGAGGCGGGCAAUAAUUGCUAUCGCAAGGAACAUCAUCCACUCAAGGCAUGCGAUCUAUAUACAGAGGCUAUAUUUUUAGCGCCCGUCGAAGAGGAUGCAGACAAUACGACGGCGGCAAUGGCGCAUGCGAAUCGUUCGACUGUGUUGCAUGAUUACGGCAUGUAUGAGGAAGCCUAUGAUGAUUGCCUGUGCGCGCUGGAGCUCGGCUAUCCGGAAGAGUAUAACGCGUUGAUCAAACUACGCCAAGCCGCUUGUGCCUUAAAGUUGCGUAACUUUGCGCUCUGCGAACUGCAUGUGCACGAGCUGCUGCACAUGGAUCUCUCCGAGGCGUUUGAGGCGCGCACACACGAGCUUUGGCACGAAUGCGAGGUGCUGAAAUCGGAAAAGGUCGAUAUGGGCGUGCAAACGGACGACGAUCAUUAUGUGGCAGCGGCCGCCAUGGCGCCACAACACAUACUACACGGGAGCAACAGCAAUCGACUGAAGGUGUACGAAGUCGCCUGGUCGGACACGUCGAACGCGAUUACAACGACACGUCGCGCCUACUUGCGCGCCACCACAGACAUUGUGCGCCACAUGCCGAUCUUCAGCGAGGAGGCCGCCAUCUUUGUGUCCAGCGGUCAGGCGCGCAUCUGCGACAAUUGCGCCAUCACACAGUUCAUACCAUUUCCAUGCGACUACUGUUCGAAUCGCACAUCCGUUUAUUGUUCGCGUAAAUGUCGCGCUCAACACUCAUCCAUACACGUGCUCGAAUGCUUCGCCCACCAGAUUGAGCUGUUCGAAGAAUUCGGCGAUGCGUUCGCCAAACCGCGUCUACUGCAGCUCGCCUUUCGCAUGCUCAUCACCGGCUUGCCGCAGGUGAUGCCGCAUUGUCGCAAACGACCGACGGUAAACAAAAUGUGGAACGCCUUCAAUGGCAUACUCACCGAACGCACGGACAUACCAUAUUCGGCGCUGUUGCGCCUCGAAGCGCACCUCGAUAAAAUCGACGCCGAGACAACCGUUUCACUCGCCAUUGCCGCACACAUACUAGCCAUCUAUUUGGCUGAGUGCACGGACUUUUUCGAGCACCUCGAUCUCAUGAUGCCCGCCACAACGAAGCUGACGCGCAGCGAAUGGAUUCUGCUCUCGGCCGCGCUGCUGUUGCGUCACAUCGGCCAGCUGAGGCACAAACAUCUCACGCACUGCCCGUCCUUUGUGUUGCCCGCAGAUCCGCACAUAUUGUCGCCGCUGCACGAAUUCAGCCUCUGGUCGGCGGUAAAACACAUACGACAGGGUCAAUUGCAUUUGCUGGCCGGCGAUGUGGCGUGCGUCGCCUACGCCGUCUAUCCGCAAACGUUGAGCCUGUGUCGGCAGUCGUGCGCCGGUCAAGUGUAUCGUAAACACUCGGGGCGUCAGGUGACCGCUUAUGCCACAUGUGACAUUCUGUUGGGCGCUUGCAUUGGCAAUUGUUUCGUUUACGCUGGUGAUUAUCGACAAUCGUUGUACGAGACACGGAGGCAGGACCUCAAGGCGCGCGGCAUCGACUGCAAGUGCGACAAGUGCUUUCGUCCAUAUCCGGAUGAGGAUUUUCAUAAAUUUCAUCGCUAUCGCUGUGAUAAUCCCAAAUGCAUGCAAAUAUUCACACCGAACGCCAGCGAUUUGAAAUACACGCGCAACUUGCGCUGGUGGCGCAGUCCAUAUUACACACACCCGAACAACGAGGGCGCCGAUCUGUUGGUGUGCAGCGCCUGCGACGAAACGCAAAAGCUGGAGUGGUUUUGGACCUUCAAUGCGGCACUGAGCGACUGCGAUUCGGUCGAGAUGCGCUGUAAGUUGUACGCGGCCGUUGAGCGAGCCGACACGCAACUCGUUGAAAUGAACGAGUGCAAAAUCGCUUUGGCGCGCCAACUAGUCGAGCAGUGCUUGUUGAUGCAUCGAGAGGGGCACAAACCGCUCGACGAUUGGGAAUUCAAUAAGCUGGGCUCGAUUAUGCGCAACGCUCUCAAUAUUGUAGCUGCACAAUGUGGUGUCUUUAGCAUAGAAUAUAUACAACAUAUGUCCUAUUUUUGGGACAUCAUGGCGCUUAGCAAUUACAAAUGUGGCGAUAAGGAACUGAUGCAGAUGUUGCAAGCGCUCGAAUACAUACCGGAUGAGUAUAAAGAGAUCUUCAUCAACUAUUAUGAUGACUUCAUAACACCGAAAUUCGCGGAGGAAACCUAUACCAGCCUCAUGGAUACGCAAGUCUAGUGGAAUUCAUCACAGCAAACAAAAAAAGUAUAGAACUUCAGAAAGCAAAAAACCCAAAAAAGAGAAACCCAAACUAAGAAAACUAAGAAAAUUAAGCAAUUACACAAAAGUAAAAGAGCAAGAAACCACUUUCAAAAACAUGUUCAUGGACUAAACUCAAAACAAAAACUAAGAAACUAUAUAUCUUUAAGAAAUUUAAGAGCAAUGUUGUAAUUUAAACUCAAAGCUCGUUACCCGGUACUCGAGCGCAAAACAAGAGCAGACACCCACAGGCCACACAAAAAUACUUGAAUACAAUGAAAGAACAGUGAGACACAACCUUGUAGGUAGCAUCAUGAAGAAAGAAACUAAAACAAAAAAAAAAGUUAAUGUACUUUUUUCGCUCUUACUUUCCAUACUCAAUUUUUUUUUUUCUUUCUCAUAAAGUCGUCUCUACGCGGAAAUACUCUUUAGAAAAAUAAAAUACUAAUAAGCUUAACUAAAAUUACUCAUAAAAUGAAACAAAAAAUAUGUUAGGUAAAACACUAAAAUACACUAAGGUUAUUGAGUGACGUAGAUUGUUGCGAGCAUAAAUGAGGGAUUACUAUAUAUAAAAUGGACCUGAAAUGCUAAAGAGCUGAGAAAAAACAGCAGAGGAGUGCAUAGAAUAGCAAAUAUAAAUUGUAAAUACACGAGUGGAAUAUUGGGAUUGGUUUUAGUUGGUGCUUAGGUGAGAUUUGACAUUUAUGUGUUGCAUACUUUUCGGCGUUAACCAUGAAAGUGCAAAAAUUUCGACGCAUAGUGCAGGUGAAACUAUUUUGACAUCGUUUUAUGACGGAUAUUGGUCAAAAACAUAAAUUUUGCAUAAAGCAACGUUUCCAAAACGAAAUCCCGAAAUUUAUUACAAAAAAUUUUUUCGGGAUUUUACAAAUUUUCAGCCACAACCAAA